GGCAAGCAACCUGAAUGGAAAUGGGAUACUAAACAUGGCAAGCUGACUCGGAGACAGGGGACAGCUGUCGAUUGGUAUCGCUACCAAAGGGAGGUGGUGAUACCAAAGCUCAUCCCAUUUGCGAAGAGCUGUGGCCCUGAUUCCCUUGUCCAAAAAGACUUGGCUCCCUCGCAUGCACAUCGUGCCCAAGCAGCUAUCUACGAUACUCCUUGUGUCGCCCGGCUUAUGUGGUGUCCCAACGCGCCCGAUCUUAAUAUGAUCGAGCCUUGUUGGCCAUACUUGAAGCGGGUGACUACCAAGAAGGGAGCUCCCAAGUCAAAAAAGGAAGCACAGCAGGUCUGGGAAGAAGCUUGGGAGGACUUGGACCAGCCCCGGAUACAGGCUUGGAUUGAGAGGAUACCGUUCCAUAUCCAGGAGGUCAUUCGCUUGGAGGGAGGCAACGAGUAUAAGGAAGGCCGG